AUGAGGAAAUUCACAAACCAAGCAAAUCUACAUAGACCAGCAGUUACUCGAUUUGCUACAUCAUUCAUCACACUUGCGCAGUAUCACAAGCAGAGGAAGAACUUGAGGAGUUUUGUAACUUCUGAAGAAUGGAAUGAUUCAAAGUGGCCAAAAGAUUUAGGAGCAAUGAAUGUGAAGAAGUUUAUCAUGAGCGACAGAUUUUGGCACAACGUGUUGUAUGCACUGAAGUUGACAGGGCCUCUAGUUAAGGUUCUUAGGUUGGUUGAUGGAGAGAAGAAACCAGCUAUGGGGUACAUUUAUGAAGCCAUGGAUAGGGCUAAAGAUGUCAUUGCUAAGACUUUCAAUGAGAAGGAAGAACAGUACAAAGAUGCAUUUGUAAUCAUUGAUAAGCGAUGGGAUUGUCAACUCCAUCAUCCUUUGCAUGCUGAUGGCUACUUUCUGAAUCCAGAAUUUCAGUAUAAUCUAGAGUCUGGGGUGAACUGUGAAGAGGUUAUGAAAGGUCUCUACAAUGUUAUUGGAAGGUUGGUUUCUGAACUUGCAACUCAAGAUAAGAUAGACACAGAGUUGACACUGUUUAAAAAUGUUGAAGGACUCUUUGGAAUUCCCAUGGCGAAAAGACAAAGGAAGUUAAAAGCACCAGCUGAGUGGUGGUCUUCUUAUGGAGGAUCUACACCAACACUUAGAGACUUUGCUGUAAAGGUUCUUAGUCUCACUUGUAGUGCAACUGGUUGUGAGAGAAACUGGAGUGUGUUUCAACAUCUCCAUACCAAGAAAAGGAAUCGUUUGGCUCAAGAACGGUUGAAUGAUUUGGUGUUUGUUAAGUACAAUCGCACUUUACAACGCCUUUACAAGCUGAAAGACACCAUUGAUCCAAUCAUCCUAGAAGAUAUUGAUGAUUGUAAUGAGUGGCUGGUUGGAAGAAUGGAUGAGGAGUCUACUGUUGAGUAUGAUCUAGUGUUUGAAGAUGAUGAUUCAACAUGGGAUGUGGUAAGCAAAGCAUCUGGAGCUAAUGAGCCUAACUAUCUUACUAGAGCUAAAAAACCAUCAUCACAAUCGGCAAGUAAAGCUAAGAAAGGGAAGAAUACAGCCUCAAGCUCCAAUCCUCCUCCAAGAUCAUCUCAAAGGUCAUCUACAACUCCACUGACUUUGAUUGAUGAAGAUGAUGAGAAUGAAAUUGAAGAAGACUUCACAGGAGGAGAUGGGGACACUCAAGUGGCUGUCGAAGAUGUUAAGUAUGAUGAUGAGGAGAAUCAUAGGGUGGAGUUUUAG